AAUUUACCAUCUUCUAAUGGCUACUUCCAGCAUCAUAACGCCCCAGGUCACAAAUGGUCUCAAAACCGUCUCAAACUGGUUUCAUGAACAUGACAAUGAGUUCAAUCUUCUUCCGUGGCUUUCCCAGCAACCGGAUCUCAAUCUAUUCAAACUCCUUUGGGAUGCGGUAGAACAGGAGAUUCACAGCAUGAAAGUGCACCUGAAAAAUCUGCAGGAAUUGUGUGAUGCUUGUCAUGUCAACAUGGAUCUGAAUCUCAAAGGAAUGUUCUCAAACAUCUUGUUGAAUCUUUUUUCUUUCUUUCUUUUUUUAUAGAACUGAGCUGAACCGGGUUACUCGUUUACCAGUUUGACAUGCCCACUUUAUACUGCAUCAAAAUAACCUACUGGUUCAAUUAUAUUGCCAGAUCUUGUGAGUCUGAAGACCAGUAAUGUUUAACUUCUACAGUGAAAUGAAGGUAUCUUUAUUCUGAGCAUAUAGACUUGCCCACUGUGAGCUGAUAGAAGUGUGGAGGUUAUUCGUCUACUGAUUUGAAACGUCCGUUUUACUUCACCAUCAUCGUCAUAAUUACUGAGGAUUGUUAUGUGUUUGUUUUGUUACUUAUUUAUGUAAGUAUAUCAUGUUGUAAGUUAAGUUGUUUGUGUAGGAGCUCGCAGACGCUGGCUUUCUGCUUUCAGGACAGUUACCGCUAAGUGUGUAAAAGCCGCGCCCCUGAAUGUUUCCACGCCGGUAGACUCACCGUGGCUAGAGGAGGAGCACUGACGCCUGUUCUACCUCGAAUAACGCUAAAGCAAAUCACUCAAGAGAACCAUUUACAUUACGGAGCAACGAAGAUGUCUGACACACGCAACAUUAAAGCCAAACUGGAGCGCACAAAACAGCUUGUCGCUGAGAUGCAUGAAGAAAAAAGAAGAAAAGCAGAAGAAAGAAAAAAGAAAGAGUCUGAGGUACAGCAAAUGGCAGAGUGUGCAUCAGACGACUCAGACUUGGAUAGAAAGAAAAGCGAAAUCUCUCAAGAACCGCCUUUAGUGCAGCCACUCCAUCUUUUAACAUGGGAUACCUGUUAUUUUCAUUAUUUAGUCCCAACCCCUAUGUCUCCCUCUUCGCAAUCAGUGAGCGCUUCCAGUGAGAACGGGAGCCAGGAGUCAGUGGAGGGAGGAACCAUGGCUAGGACGCUGCAGUGGGACAUGGACCCCUCAGCUCUUCAGCUCCUAGCAGACUCAGAGCACAGGUACGUAAUGAAGAGACUUGAAACAUCAGAGAUUGUACAGAUUGAUUACAUACCCAAGAAACUGGUGACGUACUGUAAAGAGACCCAGACUCCAGUAGCAUCAAAUGUGUCUGAAGAAGAAGAGAAGGAGGAUGAAGAACUCCCUGUGGUCCAACCCAAACCUCAAUCUGAAGAACAUCUGGUGACGGACAAUCAAGAGACCAUGCAAGAACAUCCUAAGGAGCUCACAGAGGAAGAGAAGCAGCAGAUUGUCCAAUCAGAAGAUUUCCUGACCUUCUUUGACCGUAGCAUUCGGCUGGUGGAGCGAACUCUAGCUGAGGACCUGGAUAUUUUCUUUGACUACAGCGGGCGUGACAUGGAAGACAGAGAGGGAGACACACAAGCUGGUUUAAAUCUGUCCUUCAACCAACAAUUCUAUGACGAACAGUGGUCCAAACAUCGAGUCGUCACCUGUCUGGAUUGGUCACCGCAGUACUCAGAAUUGCUGAUGGCUUCAUACAAUGCCAACGAACACGCACCACAGGAACCUGAUGGAGUUGUGCUGGUGUGGAACAUGAAGUUUAAGAAGACAAUCCCAGAAUACAUAUUUCACUGUCAGUCCUCUGUGAUGUCAGUGGGUUUCGCACAGUUUCAUCCAAACCUCAUAGUUGGGGGCACUUACUCUGGCCAGAUAGCAUUGUGGGACAAUCGGAGCCCCAGGAGAACUCCAGUACAAAGGACACCUUUAUCUGCUGCUGCUCAUACUCAUCCUGUGUCCAGCGUAAACGUGGUGGGAACCCAAAACGCCAACAGCCUGAUCACCGUGUCCACAGAUGGCAAGAUGUGCUCCUGGAGUUUAGAUAUGCUCUCUCAGCCACAGGAUAGUAUGGAACUGUACUAUAACAAGUCCAAGGUUGUAGCUGUGACUGGAAUGGCUUUUCCUGUUGGUGAUGUGAAUAACUUUGUGGUGGGAAGUGAAGAAGGGACAGUGUACACGGCCUCACGGCACGGCAGUAAAGCUGGUAUUAGUGAGAUGUUUGAGGGCCACCAAGGACCAGUGACUGGCAUCAGCUGCCAUAAUGCUGUGGGCCCCAUUGAUUUCUCCAACCUCUUCACCACCUCAUCCUUUGACUGGACUGCCAAACUGUGGUCAACUAAACAUAACAAACCGCUCUACUCUUUUGAGGACAGUGUUGACUACGUCUAUGACGUCAUGUGGUCUCCUGUGCACCCUGCUGUCUUUGCUACAGUGGAUGGAAUAGGUCGCCUUGACAUUUGGAACCUGAAUAAGGACAAAGAGGUUCCUACAGCAAGUGUGACAGUGGAGGGCUCUUUUGCUCUGAACCGGGUCAGAUGGGCAUCAGGAGGUCGCGAAGUAGCUGCAGGUGAUUCUGAGGGUCGAGUCUGGAUCUAUGACGUUGGAGAGCGAUUGGCAGUGCCACAUUCAGAGGACUGGAGCCGACUUGCACAAGUUCUCAUGGAGAUGCGUGCGAAUGCUGAUGGAGAAGUGACUGGCUGAGAGUGUACCUGUAUAUGUACUACAAAAGCAAAACACACACACAUAUUUAUUUACAUAUAUAUA